UCUGUCUCUGACACACUCAAGCACACGCACACAUAUAUACACACCCUCCACCCCCAUCGCUGCAGUGUCUCAACUGCCUUGGAGCAAACAAGAGAGGAUAUAGAACACAGACGUUAAUAAGACAGAAAGAGGGGCGCUGAAACAGAGAGAGAAAGAGAGAGAGAGAGAGAGGGACAGAGAGAUGUGUGAGAGAUUGUGAAUAUGAGGAAGAUAUGAAGAUGAAGCAGCAGGACUAAAGGUGGAUUGCACAGAGCCUUUCUCCCCCUGCAAGGGCUCGUCUGCAGUAUCCUCUGUAAAUGGAUGCUGGCUUGUGAACACGAUUCGAAGGCCUUUGGUUUUCUGGGAGAUUUCUCACCAAAGAAGAAGCAGAAAGGAUUUUAUCAAGAGGAUCAAGCCAAACAGGCCAAAUAUCGAACUGAGGUGGAUGGUAGCAGAAGCCAAACAAAGGCGACGCACCACAAGAGCCAUGUGGGAGGAGAGUGAGGGGGGUUUGCUAUUUGCAUGUAUCAAGUCCAAACACUUUCUCUACUGACAUACAGUGAACAUUCCCUAGCCUUCCUGCAGAGCUUUUCCUCAGGCGCAGCACCUGCUAUGAACCCCAGCUCCAUUGGCUUCAGCAGGCAGUCCAACUUCAGUGCCAGGCGCUGUGUGGGCAUCCCACAAGUCUGGGUUCUGCCCACACAGAACUCACAGACUGCCCCUGAACAAAAAGAAUGAAAUACUCCUGAGUCACUCCUCUGUGUGGUGGCUUUCCUGUCUAGUGUUAAAUUGGUCUGUAGUAAAAAUUUUGUCUGCCUCUUCCCCUGCAAGCUCACAUAAACCCUCUCCAGCACUUCCACCAGAUCCGAUUCAUUGUAAUUUGCUUUCCCAUCAAGCAGCAGCACGAGUUCCUUUGUGCUUACCUCGUGGUGGAGGACCAUGGGAUGCCGUCAGAGCUCGGAGGAGAAGGAAGCGGCGCGGCGCUCUCGGCGAAUCGACCGCCACCUGCGCUCAGAGAGUCAGCGGCAGCGGCGUGAGAUCAAAUUGUUGCUUCUUGGCACCAGCAACUCUGGCAAGAGCACCAUUGUGAAACAGAUGAAAAUCAUCCACAGUGGAGGCUUCAACCUAGAAGCCUGCAAGGAGUACAAGCCCCUAAUCCUGUACAAUGCCAUCGACUCUCUCACCCGCAUCAUUCGUGCCCUCACCACCCUUAAGAUUGACUUUCACAACCCUGACAGAGCCUAUGAUGCCGUGCAGCUCUUUGCCCUCACAGGGCCCGCUGAGAGCAAAGGGGAGAUCACUCCAGAGCUGCAAGGGGUAAUGAAACGUCUGUGGGCAGACUCAGGGGUCCAGGAGUGCUUUCAAAGGUCCAAUGAGUACCACUUAGAGGACAACACUGCCUACUACCUGAAUGACCUGGACCGCAUCUCUGCAGCUGAGUACAUCCCCACUGUGGAGGACAUCCUGCGAUCCCGUGACAUGACCACUGGCAUUGUAGAGAACAAGUUCACCUUCAAGGAGCUCACCUUCAAGAUGGUUGAUGUGGGCGGACAGCGCUCCGAGAGGAAGAAGUGGAUUCAUUGUUUCGAGGGCGUGACUGCAAUCAUUUUCUGUGUAGAGCUAAGCGGCUAUGACCUGAAACUCUAUGAGGACAACCAGACGAGCCGCAUGGCCGAGAGCUUGCGUCUGUUCGACUCCAUCUGCAACAACAACUGGUUCACCAACACAUCGCUCAUCCUCUUCCUCAACAAGAAGGACCUGUUGGCUGAGAAGAUAAAACGCAUUCCUCUGACAGUGUGCUUCCCCGACUACAAAGGUCAGAACACCUACGAGGAGGCGGCCGUCUACGUGCAACGGCAGUUUGAGGACCUCAACCGCAACAAGGAGACCAAGGAGAUCUAUUCGCACUUCACCUGUGCCACUGACACCAGCAACAUCCAGUUUGUGUUCGACGCUGUCACGGACGUGAUCAUCCAGAACAAUCUCAAGUACAUUGGGCUAUGCUAGGACCUGACGCUGGGCGGGGUGGGGGGGCCCGCCAUCAGGCUGGAUAAACAAAGGCACGUCAGCGUGCCUGACAGUUUAUCCCUUUGAAGAUGGUGCAACGGAAAACUGGAGAAGAAAUGAGGUGGUAAGAUGGGCAGGGACGGACGAUACUGUAGAUUCAUCUGUUUUGAUUGAAACAGCGGAGCUGAUGGGCCAUGGUCAAGAUGGGAUCCUUACCCUACGUGUUUGCACUGAAUACGAGUAUGCAGAGACACCCAAACCCACACACAAACACACACCCUUAUUGUUUGCUCACACAUAAGAUCUUUGGGUCAACGGUCACGCACUUGUUUGACAAGGCAACACUGGAAAUUUUAGACAGCUACCCCUACAAGCCUGCCAAACCUGACACUGAGUAGUAGGUCUGUACUGGCAGUUUUACAGCCUUUGUCUUCUUUAUUUUAUUUGCCUGAGUCAAUUAAUGCUGCUUUACAACAAUAAUUUUGACAGAAUCAACGCUCUCUUUUGGAUUUUCACCCACAGUAGAAUGAGUAGUAGAGUGAGUGCACCUAACGAGACGUAGAGAGAGCGAGAGUAUUUCUGGGAGUAAAAAACAAACAAAACAAAAAAAAGAAAAAAAAAAUUAAAAAACAUUUAAAAAAGAAGAAGUCAGUAGACACGAUGUCACAGGGUUUUUGCCUAAAACAGGAAACUGCCACAGCCUAAAGUUGAAGUGAAAUACGUUUUCUACGCACUGUUUCCAUUCUUUCCCCUGGUCGACCCUCUAAUGUUGUUCUUUCGCCCUCUUUCAUUUAUCUUUUUGUGCUUUAAAAAAAAAAAAAGAAGAAAAAAAAGAAAAAGAACAUGUCUCUCAAACCUGCCUUUUACAGCAGGUCACUGACCAACAAUACCAGGAGUAUGUUACACACGGCAGAGUCAAAAGUAUUUAUGAUCAUUCCAGUUUCCAGCAAGAGACGACAAAAAAAAAAAAAAAAAAACA